UGGUGUGUGUUCCUGUGGCUGUCUGUCAGUGUGAUUCACUUCUGUUUCUCGCUGUGGUUUUCCUGAGAACAUGUUCUUCAUAAUGACAGUGUGUCAAAGUCCAUACAGUCAAACAAAAAGUGAGGUCUUGAAUUAUUUUACAUUUUAUCACUCAGCUUCAUCAUGGCCAAACAUCUGUUGGUGGUCAUCCUCAUAUAUUCAUUUUCUGAGAUAAAUGCACAAGCUCUUCCUCCACCGACACUGACAGUGAAUCCUCCGGUGAUCACAGAGACAGACUCAGUCACUCUGCACUGUCAGACUCCACCCUCUGUUUCUGUGUCUCACUGUUAUUUCUACACUUUAAGUGGAGGAACUAGAGUCUUCCCUUGUCUGGAGACUCUGACAGGAACUGAGCUGCUGCUGAUGUCACAGCAGAGAUCACCUGCUGAGGUUCAAGUGAAAUGUUUUUACACUGUAAAACAUGGAGGGUCAACUUCUCUGUCUCCACACAGUGACCCGUCCUCCAUCACCGUACACAAUUCCUUUCACAAGAUUCAAACACAAGCUCCUCUUCCCCCGACACUGACAGUGAAUCCUCCGGUGAUCACAGAGACAGACUCAGUCACUCUGCACUGUCAGACUCCACCCUCUGUUUCUGUGUCUCAGUGUUAUUUCUACACUUUAAGUGGACUCACUGUCAGAGUCUUCCCUUGUCUGAAGACUCUGACAGGAACUGAGCUGCUGCUGAUGUCACAGCAGAGAUCACCUGCUGAGGUUCAAGUGAAAUGUUUUUACAAUGUAACAUUUGAAGGGUCAAAUUCUCCACACAGUGACCCGUCCUCCAUCACCAUAUACAAUAUUGUAGAAAACAAUUCAAGCACCACCCAGUCGAUCGCACCAUCAAAGGAUUCCACAGGUCUGACUGUUAUUAGUCCUUAUCCUUUACCCCCUGUAACACCUGCAAAACAGACAUCAGGUUGGACUGUCGUAAUGUCAAAGAACACUGGUAGUUCCUCCUCUUCCUCCCCAACACCAGUGAAAGCAGCAUCAGCAGAAAUAUGGAAGUUUGUAGCAGUUGUUGUGGCUGGAUGUGGAGUUACUGUGGGCGUCAUCCUGCUGGUUUCCGCAAUUCUCUGCAACAACAGAAGAACUGAAACAUAA